CGUAUUCUGAAGUCAGGUUUAACUUAAACCUCGGCUUAAGUCCGGUCUAACUCCAGUCUAAAUCUCACUUUAGACCGCGGGUUUAAGAAUUCACUUUCUGAAGUCCGGUUUAACUUAAAACCUCGGUCUAAGUCGAGUCUAACUUGCGCAAAAUUUAGACUCCGCCUAGGGGUAGUUUAAACCAUGGUUUAACUUUCAAAAUGGCUGAUCUGCUAGCUGCCUUGCGACGGGGAGAGCAAAUGCUCGAGAUAAAUCGUCGACAAGAGAUCGAGAGGCCGUUAGUUGAAAGGAAAAACCCUUUUCAUAUUUAUGAGAACAACGAUUUUCAGCAGCGGUAUCGCUUCACUAAGCAAAGUGCGUUACACAUUAUUGAAGAACUAACGCCAGCUUUGGAGAGACACACGAGUCGCACUAAUGCGGUGCCAGUGUACCUUCAAGUUCUCACCGCUAUGCGUUUUUACGCAGUCGGCACGUUCCAAUUACUACAUGGUGAUGAGUGUGGCCUGUCUCAGAGUUCUUUGUCACGGAUAAUAGUUCAAGUGUCAACUGAAAUUGCUCGAUGGCGAAGAAGGUACAUACACUUCCCGAAUACACCUGAACAGGUGGCACGUACUCAAGAAGAAUUUUUCCAAUACUGCGAUUUUCCAGGUGUAGUUGGUGCUAUUGACUGCACCCAUGUGCCUAUCAGAUGCCCUGGUGGAGAAAAUGCACAGAGAUUUAUCAACCGAAAAGGGAGGUUCUCUGUCAACGUCCAGGCAGUAUGCAAUCACAAUGGACUGCUAAUCAACCUCGUUGCUAGGUGGCCAGGAGGAACUCAUGAUUCCAGAAUAUUUAGAGAAUGCCAAUUGAAAGAAAAUCUUGAACGAGAAAGUCAUGAAGAAAAAUGGCUUCUUGGCGACAGUGGAUAUCCUUGUCAGCCAUAUCUUAUGACGCCGAUUCAAAAUCCAGCUGGAAGGGGAGAAAUCAGAUAUAAUAGAGCUCAAGUCAGAGGCCGCAAUAUAAUUGAACGAACAUUUGGAAUGAUGAAGAGAAGGUUUCCCUGCAUGAAUGAGCUUCGCUUGAAGCUCGAUACAACCCUUAUAACAAUUGUAGCAGUAGGUGUUUUAUGGAACUUGUCAAUUUUGCGUAACGAACCGGAGAUUGCAGGUCCAGAUGGAAUCCAAGUUCCAGGUGACCAACUUCCUCCUCCAGGCAUGGCUAAUGUGGCUGGUCACCUCAGAAGACAACGGAUCAUUCAAGAUAAUUUUGUCUAAGUACGCUUAGUCCACUUUAUCAAAUGAUAUUCAAUUGAAUGAAGAAUACUUGUCUGAAUGUGCUCUGCACAAAGCUUGACAUUACUCUCAUAACAAUAGUAGCAGUAGAUGUGCUAUGGAACUUGUCAAUUUUGCGGAACAUCCGUUAACAUACUGUAUAUCCUUGUCAACCAUACCUUAUGUCACCAAUCCAAAAUCCAGUGAGUAUAGGGUAGAUAAGGUACAACAAAGUUCACUCAAGAUUGUAAUUUCCUUGUCUGAAUGUGCUCUGCACAAAGCUUGACAUUACUCUCAUAACAAUAGUAGCAGUAGAUGUGCUAUGGAACUUGUCAAUUUUGCGGAAUAUUCCGUUAACAUACUAUAUAUCCUUGUCAACCAUACCUUAUGUCACCAAUCCAAAAUCCAGUGAGUAUAGGGUAGAUUAGGUACAACAGAGUUCACUCAGAUUGUAAUAUCAUUGAGUGUGUUUUAGGUCGAAGAAUUUGUUUCAAGGUAGCAAUAUUAACAUCAAAAUGAGAAAACAUGGUAAAGGCAGAUGAACAAUAAAUGCUUUCCCAUGACAAAUA